AUGGCCAAGCAACUUCCUUCCAUUCCUGGAAAUCAGAGACUUGUUAGCGAAGAAGACAACGCAGCUAUUGCUCUGAACCUACGCAGCGUGAGUGGGCAGCGUUCACCUAAUGCCUUUAAGUUGGUAACAACGAGUGGCGGCGAUGAUGGCAACGCGGCGAAGGAUGUGGCACAGGCGGGUCAUUUGGACGAUGUGCAAGGAUCAGGCGAUGAGCACGAUGGUAUCUCCAGUGUCGCUGCCUCUGCUUUCGAGGUAGACGGUGGAGUACCCCUACCCAUAAUCACUUUGCCUGAGGUUCCUCACUCUGGUUGUCUUCCCAUCCUGUUAGCUUGCCUGGUUCUCUCGAAUCGAAGCCUAUUCGUCAUGGGGCAUCCCUCCUUAUCCUCCAACAUUUGUGUCCAACGCCGUGACCCGACGGCUGCUACUCCCUCCCUUACGUUUGCGAAUCCAACGUAUACUAUGCGUUGCUCCAACUACUGUUUGCUUGAGAUUCCCAACUGCUUCAUUGUCGGCACUCACUGGUUCUUCCUCAUCAUGAAUGUGAAACCCGCUUUUCGAACUGCUCGACCUCCAGCCCUGGCCCAGAACUGGUGCUGCUUCUUUGAAAGUCGUCAGAUAACCCAACUCCUUCGCCACUUCGAUCCCACCCGCGUUAUGCAGUUUUGCCCUGUCUACAACCUUUGUGAGCUUCAUCAUCCUCCGCUGCGAAACUGGUGGCAGAAGAGACCACCACCACAUCGCCAGUGA